ACACACAACUCCAGAGAAGCUCUACAUCGAGCCUUGUGAUGUUCACGGUUCUGUGGAGGUUCUGGUCAUCGACAGGGUGUCGGCCGACAUGAGUCUGACCGUGAGAGCAGAUGUUCCUGUUUUAGCUGAAACUGUGUCAAUAUGUGGAAUCAUGGGAACUAUUCGUUUACUGGCAGGCAUGUACCUGGUAGUGAUCACAAAGAAGAUGAAGGUGGGAGAUUUGCUGAGUCACACUGUGUGGAAGGCUGUAGACUUUGACAUCAUCUCGUAUAAGAAGACCAUACUGCACUUAAACGAUGACCAGAUGCAGGACAACAARACGUUCAUGUCCAUGAUCAACAGCGUGCUUCACACUGAUGCCUUCUACUUUGCAGCAGAUUAUGACCUGACCCACASCCUGCAGCGCCUGGCCAACACCAGCCCAGAGUUCCAGGACAUGAGCCUUCUGGAGAGGGCAGAUCAGCGUUUUGUUUGGAACGGACACUUGUUGAGGGAUUUUAUUACUCAGCCAGAGCUUCAUAAGUUUGUGUUUCCUGUUAUCCACGGCUUCGUCACCAUAAAGUCCAGCUCCAUCAAUGGGAAGGUGUUCGAGUGGAGCAUCAUCUCCAGGAGGAGCUGCUUCAGAGCUGGUGUCCGCUACUAUGUCAGAGGCAUCGACUCAGAGGGUCACGCUGCAAACUUUGUGGAAACAGAGCAGAUCCUGCAGUACAACAGCUUCACUGCUUCAUUUGUUCAGACCAGAGGAUCGAUCCCCUUCUACUGGUCCCAAAGACCCAAUCUGAAGUACAAACCAAAACCCCAGAUCAGCAAAACAUUCAACCAUUUAGAUGGAUUUCAGAGACACUUCGACUCGCAGGCUGUUCUCUAUGGAAGACAAGUUGUGUUAAACUUGAUCAAUCAGAAAGGCUCUGAAAAACCUCUGGAGCUAGCUUUUGAAAAAAUGGUGUCCAGUUUGGGUAACGGCAUGAUAAAGUACGUAGCGUUUGACUUCCAUAAGGAGUGCAGCCGGAUGAGGUGGCACCGCCUUCAGCUCCUGCUGGACAUGGUCUCAGAGGUCCAGGAUGAGUUUGGGUACUUCCUGGUGGAUGCUGAUGGGAAGGUGCUGCUGAGCCAGGAGGGAAUAUUUCGGAGCAACUGCAUGGACUGCCUGGACCGGACUAAUGUUAUCCAGAGUCUCCUGGGCCGCCGCUCGCUGCAGUCCCAGCUGCAGAGGGUUGGGGUUCUCCACGCAGGCCAGAAGGUUGAAGAGCAGGCAGAGUUUGAAAAGCUGUACAAGAACGCCUGGGCAGAUAACGCUGACGCUUGUGCCAAGCAGUACGCAGGUACCGGGGCCUUGAAGACGGACUUCACCAGGACGGGGAAGAGGACUGUGUUUGGUGCUCUAAUGGACGGCUGGAACUCCACGAUCCGAUAUUACAAAAACAACUUCUCAGAUGGCUUCAGGCAGGACUCUAUAGACCUGUUCCUGGGGAACUAUUCUGUGGAUGAAACUGAUUGGAUCACUCCGCUUCGUGACACCAAGGACUGGAAGUUUUUAACGUUGCCCAUCAUCAUGGUCGUAGCUUUCUCCAUGUGCAUCAUCUGCUUACUGAUGGCUGGUGAAACCUGGACCGAGACCCUGGCCUACGUCCUGUUCUGGGGGACCUCCAGCAUUCUGACAGGUGGCUUUAUCCUCUUUAAUGGACGGGACUUUGUAGAUGCUCCAAAGCUGGUCCAGAAGGAGAAGCUGGACUGAAUGUGUGCGUGUGGAAAGCAGCUCGGCCCGAGAGAACUGAUCGCCUCCUCCUCUGCUUCGGUUCCGCCCCAGCAUCAUCAUCGUCAGCAGGCCUGGAGCCUUUACUGAAGCAGCAGAGGAGGGUGAUGGGUAACAGGGACUGGAGGCGCUGGGGCCUGCUGCUGUCCACACGGUACCGACUGAAGAACUGUUCACAGGGUUUACCUGAGACCGGACCUCUGGAGUUCAUUCAGAACCACGUUCUACUGGAUUGGAUGCUUCAUCAUCUUUAUAACUCUGACCCUUAACAACCUGUGUGACAGCACACCUGUACAUACACCUGUUCACACAUCUGUACACACCUGUACAUACACUUACAUACACCUGUUCACAUGUACAUUAAUGUUCACAGCUUGGAUUUUUCGUCAGUAUUUAGUCUCUUUAUAAAUGUAUUUACAGAACAUAAAGAACCGGUUCUGACGGUUCCAAACGUUGGGUGUUGCAUUCUUCUGACAGUCAGUGUAUCACUGCACGUCCUUUCAGAGGAACAGUUUUUAUUCAGCAGCUGGAGGAAGAAGAAAUAAUAAUAAAAAGAAAAGGUCCA